ACCAGAAGUGAGAACUCGUGCAGGUAACAAGUCACUUUGACAUGGACAUUGACGUACCCAUAAAUUAUCAACAUUCAUGCAAAGUGCACAAAAUCGAAAAUUCAUAUAUAUUCUCAAUAAAAAUGUCCCGAGAUAAAAGUGUAUGGUUCGCUGAGGAAAUUCUGUUAGAUGCCAAACUUAUUAAUUUUCAACUAGAAACUGGAGAAUGGGAUGCAGUGGAAGAAAUGCUGCGCGCAGAAGCGCAACUCUCCCGAGACGCAGAAACCGGAAGAUUACGACCGAAAAAAGCUUCAGAAUACACAUUACGUCUGAUAGCAGAAGUUCUUCACAUAAUGCGGUUAGAUGUGGAACAAGCUUCGUAUAAUCGAAGUACUCUUGCUGUGGCGGAGCAGUGCCUACGUCUAGUCCGGUCCUGCGCUGCGGCCGGUACAAAGAUGCAAACAUAUAUCUCGAAAGAACUAUCUAUCCUUGAUUCAAUGUUAAUUCUUGCCACUGAAUACCAGCAUCCAAGUGUCGAUUUCAUAAAUGAAGAACUACAAAAAAAAUACGAAUCAUGUAUGACUGUCCUAAUUCAAACAUUAGGUAAUCUCGUUGUGAAUAAUCCUUUUAAUCAAAUAAUAAUUUGGAACAAAUUUGAUGCUAUAAUUCUCAAUUGCUUGAUCGGACAGAAUGAAAAAAUUGCUUCUGCUGGGGCUAUGAUAGUUUAUAAUAUAUUAUUAGGUCAACCGAACGUGCUACCAGAUGACGUAGCACUUUUAAACUCUCUGGGUUACAUGUAUAUUAAUGGUAAUACAGAAUACCCACACUUGAUUAUAGAAUAUUUGAUUGGCGUUGAGAGUACGUACAUAGAAAAGCUUUAUUCAAAGUUGGACCCAGAAUGCCGUAUGCUUGUUUUAAAUUUGGCAUAUAAUAUUUUGAUGUCGACUGAAUCGCAGGAUAUAAAUGUUUCGGUUAAUUUUGUUAAAUUUAUGGCUCACGAGUUUAAGAUGAAGUCCGAUUGUAUUUUAAAAACUGUAGAUAAGUAUGUAAAUACAAUUGAACCACAGGAAGUUGUAUUCUUGUUGGAGAUAAUAGCUACGGCAUCAAGUAUGGACACCUACAUGGAUUGUUUGCAGAGUGACACAUCCUUGUUUAUCAAUUGUGCCUUUCUGUUAAGAGCAAUACAUAAGCUAGGCAAGGAAAGCAACAACUUUUUCUCGUCAAUUAACAAAUUGUACGAAGCUACAGGCAAGCAGCUAGUGAAUGAUGAAAAUAUGCCCGCAGUAAAUGUACCACAAGAAAAUCCUCUAUGUAAGAAUGACUCGGCUGAUAACAUGCUUUCGUGCAAUGAGACGACAUCGGAAUGCACAGAGUCUGAAAGCAGCGAGCAAUACUUCGAAUGUAAUGACAAUCCCCCAUACAUAGACAAACUGGACAUAAACGCUAUAGACAACUUACAGCAAAAAAUCGAUACGCCCGAUAAAAGCGCAAGAAGCGGUUCCGAGGGUAGUACUAACGCGAAAAUUGAUAAUGACCUUACAAAAGUAGCCUUUAAGAGAAGUAGCUCUGUGCCAAAGACGGAUGAGCGGAUUCAGUUGCCCAUAAGAAGGAUAAGUCUCGAACACAAAAUAGACAUCGCGGAAGAUAAUGAACCCCCCCUAAUUAUAGACGCACAAUCACCAACAGCCAGUAUGAAUACAAUAGCAGAAGUUAUCCCUGUUGGUCUUCAACCGAGACUUGAGUUUCAAGAGUCUAGUCGAACUGAGUCUCAAGAUAGUUCACCUAAUGAUCCGCCAACGGAAAUACAUAUGGUGAAAUCUGAUAGUAAAGAAAUAAAAGCGUCUCCAAGUGAAAUAUCACCUCCGUUAUCAGAAAAUCAACAGGAAACAGAAUCGCAAAAACAGUCGCCCGAUACGCCGAAGGAAGUUAAGAAAAGUCAAAACUUGUCAACGGAUUUCGAUCUGGGCGAGCAGCUACAGAAGAUUUUAGGUAUAUCAUCGGAAAAGACAAGAGUCGAUAAUAGUAAUGUCGAGAAGAAAGCGGAACCGGCGAAAGAAGUUAAAAUAUCGGAUGAAAGUACAGUUAAGGUUCCUUUUGUGAAAAUUGAUUCACCGGAAUCGCAGAAAACGAGAUUAGGAGCAAUCGACAUGUCCACUCCGAAGAAAUCGGUAACAAUGGUGGAAACUGUAGAACAUCACGUAGCGUUCGGUUUCAAGGCGUCCCUAGUGCGCACUCUCGCUAACUUAUGUUGGAAGAACCAGGAAAAUAAGAAACAGAUGCGGGAGUUAGAAGUGAUCCCAGUAUUACUCGAUUGCUGUAAUAUUGACGCUCGAAAUCCUUUAAUAAUGCAGUGGGUCAUAUUUGCAGUUCGCUGCCUUUGUGAAAAUUGUCCAGAAAAUCAAGAAGUCAUAUCAAAGUUAACCCUCCAAGGUCCAGUAGACAAUGAAGUUUUACAAGAAAUGGGUUUAACGUUACACACGGAUCCGCAAGGAAAUACGAUUCGAGUAGUUCCUCUACGAAGCUAAAUUGAGCAAUAUUUAUUAUUAAAGCUCACAAUACGUAGGAAACAUUCGUGCAAAAUAUUAAAAUGACUUAAUAUUUAUUUAUUAUUUUUACAAGUAUUAUAUGAUCAACUAUGAUAUUUAUUAAGUUGGUAUGAUACAUGGGAUUUUUUAAAAUAUUUUUGCUUAAAAAUAUAUUAAUGAGCGAAUAUAUAACCCUCGUCGAGUUUAUCUUAUCAUCGCAAGCCUUACUUCGAAAUAUUAACUUAAAUGUUCAAAAACACGUCGAGUAAGAACUAAUAUUAAAAUUAGAUUUUUAUAAACCUGGAAGAAUGAUAUACAUAAAAAAGUAAUAUGUGUAUGUAUGUAUGUGUGUGUGUAUCGUACUUUUGCUUACUUCAAAAGAGCAUGAAUUCCCGAACAUUCGAGAAAUCUUGUCAAACAAAUUUUAUAACGCUUUUAAUAGUAUUUAUUAUUAUAUAUGGAGUCUGGAAAAUAUGUACUGGAAGUCUAUUGAGUUUGAGAUCUGGAUGUAAUAUCAAACGCAUUUUGACAAUAUAUGGUAUAUUUGAAUAUUUACACAAAAUAUCCAUCGAAAUAAAAUUGCUUACAAGUCAGUAUAUCUAUAUAAUAAAACAUCAUACCCACAAAACAAUAAUAAAGAUAUUAAAAUAAA